AUGUCUGUCCUUUACUUUAUUUUUUAUCGAACUGAUAUAUUAUAUAUUAAAUUAUCAUUCAUUACUUCUUUUUUAGAGGAAAUACAAACUGUCGUUGAUUUGAACUGUAAUAAAGUCAGAUUGAUUCCUAUACUUUUAGUGGGAAUCGGUGGCUCACUAUUUGCCGCUACGCGAUUUGGUAGAGAGGUCUAUAAGCAUAAAAAUUUUACCGCACCAGCAUUUGCUACAUGGUUUAUCAUGUCAUGGUCGGGAAUUUUGUUACCGAUUGUAAUUGGAGUAGCCAUGCUAAGUGGCUAUAACCUUAGUAAAUGUAAAAGCAUCAUUUCAGAACCAUAUCGAAUAUAUAAUCAAUUCUCUGUCGGUUUAUACAUUAUUAAAGUACUCCCAUUAUGCUUUCUGCUGGAUGGAACUGUAUUUUUAGCAAGCUCUGCGAUGGUGGCUUUAUCUUCUUUCGAUGUUACGAUUAUACUUCUUUCGACGACUCCACUAACGUAUUUAUUUACUUAUACAUGUAACAAUCAAAAUUUUAACAUAAUAAAAAUCACGGGUACAAUUCUGAGCAUAGCUGGGCUAACAGUUAUGAUUAUUCAAGGUAUUCUUUUUCAUCCACCGGGUACUGAUAUCAGAAUGGCGUUAGCAAGUUCCGUUUUUCUCGCUCUAUAUCAGAUUUCAAUAGAUAGUAUUUUCAAGAGACGGAUGCAUCCACUUCAACUAGCGUUCAUACAGACAUCGAUUGGUAUCUACAGCUUGCUAACAUUUUGGAUUCCAAUGAUUGUAUUUUAUUACCUUGGCUUAGAUCGCUUUGAAUUACAUCAAAUUCCAUGGCAAUCAUUAUUACUUGCAUCUAUAUCUAUUUUCAUCCAUUUCUCUCUUGUACAUCUAUCGCAUGGAAUUAUAAAUCCUCGUAUCCUGUUGCUUGGCCGGCUUUUAGCUGUGAUGCUAAAUGGAAUUGUUGAUACCAUCAAUCAAGAAAUUGAAUUUGAUAGUCUACGAACUAGUGCGACAGUAUUACUGGUAACCAGUUUAUGGCACAUGUAA